UAAAGGUAUUGACCUAAAUUUUCUCUCUCCUCUUUUACCCGCCAUUUCUCUGCAACUUAGAAUUCUUGGAUUUUUACAAGCCUUCAUCAGGCUAUUCAAUAGGCUUUAGUCCUAUUUUUUCCCGUAAUUGCGUUUUCUUUGGCCUAAUUCAUCCAUUACAGUUUGUGUCACUGUUCUUCUCGAGUUUUCAGUGACUUCAUUCUAGCUCCAUUGAUUACUGUGUGAUUUACCGGUUCUGAUCUUAAUUAUAGUCCUUCAUGUAUUUUUCGAGCCUAUGAGCAUUGAUUCGGGCCAUUUAUCUGAGAAAUUCAGGUGAAAACCACUAUGUCUAUCCAUUAAUGGUGUAGUUCAGAAGAGAUGAGUCCUAAUGUGGGCAUUGACAGUGUAAUUUUCUGGUGAUUAGUUUUUGUUUUUCAUGAUGAGCUCAAGUCAUGAAAAACGCAAUGAUUGCAGCCACGAAAAGGCCUAUAGAUUAUCCAGCACUCCAUAUACAGAGAUUGCUCCUUGCUUGCCCUUGCCCAGACUUCCAGUUUUUUGCGGAGCUCUCAGCUCAGAUCUCUCACUCUUCGACAAUCAAAACUUUCAAUUCAUUGAUCGUCCUGAGAUACUUGCACAAGCUAGUAGGAUUGCAGCUCUCCUCAAAGACACUGAUGUUAGUUACCUAUCUCUCAGAGAUGAUUCCAAUUCUAUUUCUAGUCUCACUGGGGAACCUGGGACCCUAAUUUCUGAAGUUCUUCACUAUGAUCCUGAAGCUUUCAGUUGCUCCUGUCCAGGUUUCAUUAAGAAGCAGACUCAUCAUAACUUGCCAUCUGAAGGGCAAACCUUGGAGGAAAAGGUUAAAACUGCUGUCCUGGAAGAAAGAUUUUCAAAAGGGCCUCAGCACCACUCAGAUGGGCUUAUUAAUAGUGUGCAGAGUUCUGGUUCCUCUAAAAGUUCAAAAAAUAAGAAGAAACGCAGUGAAGGUAGCUCCUACUUGAAGGAGCAAGAGCUUCGUGAUAACCAAGAUGGCAUUAUUGGAGGAUUUUGUGAUAUGUUGGAUGAAAUAUGUUCAAGAGCAGAGACCCCUUACGAAGAACAAGAUGGGACAGCGGUCCCAUGUCUGGCUAUUUCUGAUACAAAAAUGCUUUUGAAUGAGAUAUUGGCCAUUUCUUCAAAGCAUUUACUGCACUUGGUUCCUGUUGAUACCCUUGUAAGACUACUGAAUGUUCUUGAUCGUCAAAUUCAUCAUGGGCUUGGACUCUCAAUUGAUGAAAAUGAGAAUGAUUCUGAUACGAUAUCACCCAUUCUUUCUGCUUUGGAUUCUACUCAUGCCGUGCUAGCUAUAUUGACUCACCAAGAUAUGCCAAAGCAACUAUAUAAAGAAGAAAUUAUUGAAAGAAUCAUAGACUUCUUAAGGAAUCAGAUCAUGGAGACCAUGUAUGUCUGUGAUCCAUCUUAUCGUGCUUUGCAUAGGCCGAGGGAGGAUGAUGUUGCCAAUGGAGAUGAAAACGAAGAUGAUGAAGGGGAGGAUGGUGUUUCAAUGGGAAGGAAAAGCCGUCCUAGAAAUAGAAGUUUCAAACUGAAGAAAUCUAUAAUGAAUAAGAUCUCUGGUGCUGUGUAUGCCGUUCUCCAGAAGCUUUGUAGUAUUCUUGGUUGUUUGAAGCAUCUUUUAUCGAUAGAACGUUUAGCUGAUAGCUGCAUUCUCCAACUGGUGAAGACAAGCUUCACAACUUUCUUGGUAGAUAAUGUUCAGCUCUUGCAACUAAAGUGCAUUAGUGUUAUUUGUGAGGUUUUUACUUCAUACAGUCAGCAUAGGACUUUUUUAAUGGAUGAAGUAUUUCACCUGCUAUGGAAGUUACCCUCCUCGAAGCGCAAUCUGAGGGCUUAUCAUUUACCUGAUGUUGAGCAAAAACAGAUUCAAAUGGUAACGGCAUUGUUAAUUCAGUUGGUUCAGCGUAGUGCCAGUCGUCCUGAAACGUUCAGCCAAAUAUUAGCGAGUGAUGCAAUCGCAGAUGUCUCUGAUACCAUCAACCCUACAAAAUGUCAUGAAGCUGCGACUCAGACAUGCUGCCAAUUCUGGAGCAAGGUUCUUCAGCGUUGGACAGCUGUAAAAAGUCAAGAAGGAGCUGAUGCUAAAAUUGUUAUGGAGAACCUUGUUGUAGACCUACUAACAACAUUGAAUUUACCUGAAUAUCCUGCUUCAGGUCUUAUACUCGAGGUUCUGUGUGUCCUACUACUCCAGAAUGCUGGCCUAAAAUCCAAAGACGUCUCUGCGCGCUCUAUGGCUAUAGACCUUCUUGGAAUGGUCGCUGCAAGACUGAAACGAGAUGCUGUUCUUUGUAGGCAAGAUAAGUUUUGGAUUUUACAGGAGUUGGUAGAUGGACAAAGUGAAGUUCCCAAUAUCCCAAAUGAUGUAUGUUCUGUAUGCUUGGAUGGGAAAGGUGGAAGCUCCUUGAUUGUUUGUCAGGGAUGCAAUCGAUGCUUCCAUGGAGAUUGCCUUGGAAUAACAGGAGCCGAUACCCCGACUCGAGCCUGGUUGUGUCAGCUAUGCCUCUGUAGAAGGCAACUUGUCUUUCUUCAGUCAUAUUGCAAGUCACAAAGUGAAAUUGAUGGUAGCAAGAGUAGAGGGACAGGGACUACAGCUGACUCUUUACCUGCUAUUGUGGGCGUGGAUAUCCUUCAACAGAUACUUCUUAACUACCUUCCGGAAGCUGGUUCUGCCGAUGACAUGCACCUAUUUGCCCGAUGGUUUUCUCUAUGCCUUUGGUUCAAAGAUGAUCCCAGAUCCCAGAAGAAAUUUGUUUACCACGUUGCAAGAAUGAAAUCAAAAGGACCAGUGCAUGGUUUUGGUUUCACUUCUUCAUCACUACCAAGGGAUUCGAUUAAAAGGAUAUCUCUUGCACUGGGGAGGAAUAGUUCUUUUGCUCGUGGCUUUGAUAAAAUUUUGGAUCUGCUUCUGGCCAGUUUAAGGGAGAAGUCUCCAAUUAUUCGGGCCAAGGCAUUACGCGCGGUUAGUGUAAUAGUGGAAACAGAUCCAGAGGUUUUGGGUGAAAAGCAUGUCCAAAAUGCUGUUGAAGGAAGGUUCCUUGAUUCUGCUAUCUCUGUAAGAGAAGCUGCAAUGGAGCUUGUUGGUAGGCAUAUCGCAUCACAUCCUGAUGUUGCUGCGAAGUAUUUUGUAAAGGUUGCUGAGAGAAUAAUGGAUACUGGUGUUAGUGUUCGUAAACGUGCUAUCAAGAUUAUCCGAGACAUGUGCAUUUCUAAUGGAAGUUUUUCAGAAACCACGAAUGCUUGCCUUCAGAUAAUUGCUCGCGUCAAUGAUGACGAGUCUAGCAUACAGGACCUUGUUUCCAGAACAUUCUAUGAAUUAUGGUUUGAAGAGCCUUCUGGUGUCCAGACUCAAUUUGUAGCAGAUGGUAGUUCUGUACCGUUGGAAAUUGCCAAGAAAACAGAACAAAUAGUUGGGAUGAUGAGUAAAAUGCCAAAUCAUCAACCACUUGUUACUGUAAUAAAGAGGAACUUGGCACUUGACUUCCUUCCUCAAUCGGCUAAAGCUACUGGAAUCAAUGCAGUGGCUUUGGCGACUGUACGAAAACGCUGCGAACUGAUGUGCAAGUGCUUACUUGAAAGGAUCUUGCAGGCAGAAGAAACAGAUAGUGAGGAUUUGGAGGUUCGUGCACUCCCUUAUGUUCUGGCCUUGCAUGCGUUUUGUGUUGUGGAUCCAACACUCUGUGUACCACCCUCGGAUCCAUCAAAAUUUGUUGUAACCCUCCAUCCAUACCUUAAAAGCCAGGUGAACAAUCAAGCAGUAGCUCAAUUGCUUCAGAGUAUAAUCUUCAUAAUUGAUACAGCUCUUCCUUUAGUUCGAAAGCCUCCUCAAAACUUUGUUGAAGAACUUGAACAAGACUUGAAACACAUGAUAAGUCGGCAGUCUUUUCUGACAGUCAUCUACGCUUGCAUUAAGUGCCUUUGCACAUUGAGUAAAGUUUCUAGCAAAGGUGCAAGGUUAAUUGAUUACCUUAUUCAGAGGUUCUUCAAACAUUUGGACUCUUGCAAGGAUGAACUUAAACCUGAGAACAAGGAGCCACUAGGGCGUUCCCUUUUUUGUAUUGGUGUUCUCCUCCGCUAUGGUGCCAAGUUGAUUUCAUCAAAUAUUGACACUUACAAUGUGACGAUCCUCUCAAUAUUAAAAAGGUAUCUUUGUUCUGAGGAUUUUGACCUUAAGGUCCGAUCUUUGCAGGCAUUAGGAUAUAUUUUAAUUGCAAAGCCCGAAUAUAUGAUGGAUAGAGAUGUUAGUAAAAUAUUGGAGGCCACAUUGUCUUCUGGUUCAGACACUCGAAUUAAGAUGCAGGCAUUACAAAACCUGUCAGAAUAUCUUCUAGAUGUUGAAGGUCAAACUGAAAAUGAUGAUUCUGACAGCAUGGGAAAAAAUGGUCCUGAAGUACAGGCACAUGGAGUGCCAGUUGCAGCAGGUGCAGGUGAUAGUAACAUCUGUGGAGGAAUAAUUCAAUUGCACUGGAACAGUAUCUUGGAAAGAUGCUUGGAUGUGAAUGAUCGUGUUCGCCAGUCUGCUCUUAAGAUUGUGGAGAUUGUACUACGUCAGGGUUUGGUUCAUCCUAUUACAUGUGUUCCUUACCUUAUAGCCAUGGAAACAGAUCAGCAGGAGGUGAAUUCAAAGUUGGCACAUCGCUUGUUAAUGAAUAUGAAUGAGAAAUAUCCUGCAUUCUUUGAAAGCCGGUUGGGUGAUGGCCUUCAGAUGUCAUUUAAUUUUAUGCAGUCCAGAGCUGCAUCUCUUGCUGCUUCACAAAACCAGAAUAAGGGACCUGGAAAUUUGAAAGGGAGAUUUGAGGACAUCAUUUCUGCAUCAAUGAAGCUUGGAAUUUCUAGGAUAUACAGGCUGAUUCGAGGAAAUCGUGUUUCAAGAAACAAAUUUAUGUCGUCGGUAGUGCGUAAAUUUGAUUCUGGAAACAACCAGCAGUCAUCCCUUCCUUUUCUAAUAUACUGCACCGAAAUUCUUGCAGCCCUUCCAUUUACAUUGCCUGAUGAACCUCUUUAUCUAGUCUAUACAUUAAAUAGAAUCAUACAAGUAAGAGCUGGACCACUUGAGUCUAGUAUGAAAACCCUAAUUUCCCAAUAUCGACAUGAAAAUGAUGCAAAGGGGCCCUAUGAAAAUGGGAUAGUUGAGAAACAGUUUGAAGCAGACGAUGUUUGUAAUCAUGAGAAUCCUAUGUCGGUUGAUGAUUUUCAUGCCAUUUCAGAAGAAGAUUUGCACAAGCUUAAGGAUGAUUGCCACACUGCAAUUGCUUUGCAGUUGCUACUAAGGCUGAAGAGGCAUUUGAAGAUUGUCUACAACCUAAGUGAUGCACGCUGCCAGGCUUUCUCUCCAAGUGAACCACUAAAAUCAGGUGAAACUUUAUCUAAGCAAAAUGUGCCCUUUAAUGUCAAGGAUACUCCCAUCAAUUCUCCCACAACUCUCCAAGAUAUACUCCUCAAGUACCAGGAGUUUAAGAAUUUGCUUAAAGAAGACACUGUGGACUACUCUGCCUAUUCAGCCGAUCCCAAGAGGCGGCGAUCAAGGGGCUCCUUUAGGGAGCCCGAAGAGGGACAUUUUGGUAAAAGUCCCCCACCACGAAUGGCGAAAACUGGAAAGAGCAUGCGCGAAAUUGACAUUGGUGACAGGUGUGAUGAAGAUGGUGGUGAUGAUGAUAUUUGGUUGGGUGGGCUCCAAAAGCCCAAUUAUAGUGGAGGUAGGGGUCGAUUAAGGAAGAAACAGAGGUGAGGUAGCUAUUGUAAGUAUCUUGAUUUGUAUAUUACGCAGUUCAUAAAUGUAAAAAGUUUUGGAGAGGGA